CCCGGGCCUUUGUGCCAAGGAGGAAACUGAGCCGGCUGUGCUCUGAAUCCACAAAAUGGCCAAACUUUCCAUGCGCUUGGAGGCUGCAAGGCAAGAGGAGUGUUGCUUUUCUUGUUGCCGGAGGAGAUGGAGCGCCAAGAACGGCCCCGGCACCGACAGAUAAGCGCAUUGGGAAGUGAAGGCACCCAGGAGCCAUGGAGGCCGGUGGCACCACUUUGGCCCCUACGGACAGCACUGGACGAUGGGACGCCUUUCCCCAGCAGAACCUGGAGGCCGUGGACAUCGCCGUCUUGGUCCUGUACUUUGUCUUCGUCCUGGCUGUCGGGCUUUGGUCCAUGUGGAAGACCAAGCGCAGCACCGUGAAGGGCUACUUCCUGGCCGGAGGGGAGAUGGUCUGGUGGCCGGUGGGGGCCUCCCUUUUUGCCAGCAACGUGGGCAGCGGGCACUUCAUCGGCUUGGCCGGCUCCGGGGCAGCGUCCGGCAUCGCGGCCACGGCCUACGAGUGGAAUGGCAUGUUCUGUGUCUUGGUGAUGGCCUGGCUGUUCCUUCCCAUCUACAUCGCAGCCGGGGUGACCACCAUGCCGGAGUACCUGCAGCGGCGCUUCGGCGGCAAACGGAUCCAGAUCUUCUUAGCCAUCCUCUACUUGUUUAUCUAUAUAUUCACCAAAAUCUCAGUUGACAUGUACGCAGGAGCCUUGUUCAUCCAGCAGGCCUUGCACUGGGACCUCUAUGUGGCGGUCAUCGGCUUGCUGGUCAUCACGGCUAUUUACACCGUGGCAGGUGGCCUGGCAGCGGUCAUCUACACGGACACCCUGCAGACGGUCAUCAUGCUGGCCGGAGCCCUGACCCUCAUGGGAUUCAGUUUUGCCAAGGUUGGAGGCCUGGAGGACCUGCAGAAGCGAUACUUCCAGGCGGUCACCAGCCAACGGGACGGGAACGGCACUUGCGGUCUGCCCAGGGAGGACGCCUUCCACAUCUUCCGGGACCCGGUGACCUCCGACCUGCCCUGGCCGGGGGUCCUGGUGGGGAUGACCAUCCCCUCCCUCUGGUACUGGUGCACCGACCAGGUCAUUGUGCAGAGGUCCCUGGCGGCCAAGAGCCUGCCCCACGCCAAAGGUGGGGCCCUCUUGGCCUCCUACCUGAAGAUCCUGCCCCUCUUCAUGAUGGUCUUCCCCGGCAUGAUCAGCCGCAUCCUCUUCCCAGAUCUGGUCGCCUGCGCCGAUCCGGAGAUCUGCCAACGCAUCUGCAACAACCCCGCCGGCUGCUCCGACAUCGCCUACCCCAAGCUGGUCAUUGAACUCCUGCCGAUCGGGCUGCGGGGUCUGAUGAUGUCGGUGAUGGUGGCGGCCCUGAUGUCCUCCUUGACCUCCAUCUUCAACAGCGCCAGCACCAUCUUCACCAUGGACCUCUGGCGCCACUUCCGGCCCCUCUCCUCCGAAUGGGAGCUCAUGGUCGUCGGCAGGGUCUUUGUGCUGCUGCUGGUGGCCAUCUCCAUCCUGUGGAUCCCGCUGGUGCAGGCCAGCCAAGGCGGGCAGCUCUUCAUCUACAUCCAGACCAUCAGCUCUUACUUGCAGCCGCCGGUCGCUGUGGUCUUCAUCCUGGGCUGCUUCUGGAAGAGGACCAACGAAAAGGGGGCCUUCUGUGGCCUGGUGGUGGGCAUGGCCAUGGGGGUCAUCCGGAUGGUCCUGGACUUUGUCUUCCUGCCUCCGCAAUGUGGGGAGCCAGACCGGCGUCCGGCGGUGGUCAAGGACGUCCACUACCUCUACUUCUCCAUGAUCCUGAGCCUGGUCUCGCUGGUGGUGGUGGUGGCCGUCAGCCUCUGGACGGAGCCCCCGCCCCAGGAAAGGAUCAGCCGCCUGACCUGGUUCACCCGCAAGGACCUUCCCAGGAAGAAGGACGUCCCCGUCCCAUCCGUGGGCCCCACUGAGGGCAUCCAAACAACGCACCUCCCUCCUCUUCCUCCAGUCCAGUUUGAGGUCACCGACAGUCCGGAAAAGAAUGGCAACAAGAGCCCUUGUAAGGGGUCCUCCAGGCUGGUGUCGCUGCUGCUGUGGGUCUGUGGGAUGGAGCGCCGGGACGCAGCGCCUUCGGGGCCCAAAGCGGAGGCGGCCUUGACCUCCAACGAAGAAGAGGAGGAUGAAGAAGCACCGGCCGUCAAACACAUCCUCAACGUCAACCUGAUCCUGUGCCUCAGCGCCGGGGUCUUCCUCUGGGCCUACUUCGCGUAGGAGAGAAGACUUUGUGGGAUUUGUAGUACCAUUCGCUAUUGCAGUGAACCCCAAAAGUCAGAGACAGAUGUCUGUUUGGCAAAGUACAUGCUUUGCCUUGCAUCCGCAUCUUGCAUUGAGCUUAUUAUUGGACGAUGAGCUCGGUUUGCAAAUGCCAAUGAUGGGCUCUGUUAUCUCCCAUUAUCCUUGAAAGCAGGCAUGGGCCAACUUGGGCCCUCCAGGUGUUUUGGACUCCAACUCCCACAAUUCCUAACAGCCGGUAGGCUGUUAGGAAUUGUGGGAGUUGGAGUCCAAAACACCUGGAGGGCCCAAGUUGGCCCAUGCCUGCUUUCAAGGCUCCUGCAAAAUACAAUAUAUAUUUUUUGUGAAUAAUGAAACUUUAAACAUUAUGAAUUUAUUUAUUACAUGGAAGCUGCUUUAUUUAAGUUACUUUUUCUCGCCUUUCCUAAUCCAACCCUUUUGGGAAUUUUAGAGGAAUGCAAACAUACGUAUCUUCAGUUGAGCCCAAUGUUGUUCUUUCCGUAUUUAUGGAAAUAAAUCUUUGGAGACCAUUACACCUUUCCUCGGUUGCAAGUCAGUGGGACUCCCCGAGAGUAAUUCCUGCAAAACGAGGAGGCAGAAAGCCAAAAGGACCGAUAAUAAAAUUUAAUUUAGAUGAUCAAAUACGGUCUCCGUUUGCUUCUUUCUGGUCAGAAAUGCAUCUGCCGACAUAAAUGAUUGGGCUGAUUUUCCUUUCAGGGGCAUAAAGAUGUGGCGCAGGCUGGUGAGCAGCUGCUGCAAUAAAUCACUCUGACCAUGAGUUCGAGGCCAGCCCGUGGCGGGUUGAGCACCCGUCAAUUAAAAAUAAAAUAUAGCCCCUGCUCGUUGCUGUCCUAGCAAUCCAAAAGAUAGUUGCAUCUAUCAAGUAGGAAAUAAGGUACCACUUAUAAAAGUGGGGAGGCAAAUUUAACUAAUUUACGACAUUGGAAUGAGGAAGUGCUGUCACAGUGGAUGAUGAAGCAGCUGCUCCCCCCUGUGGCAAGAAUUGAACAUCCCCUCCGGAGAAGGUUAAAUUGCCUCUGCGUCUGUCUGUCUGUCUGUCUCUGUUUGAUGUGUUUAUGGGCAUUGAAUGUUUGCCUAUGUGUGUAUAAUGUGAUCCGCCCUGAAUCGCCUUCGGGGUGAGAAGGGCGGAAUAUAAAUACUGUAAAUAAAUAAAUAAAUA